UCGGUUGACUGCCUACUAUAUAUGUGCCUAUAUUACAUAUACCCUUUCGUUGACAAGCUGCUUUGUCGACCUAGUCGCGCCUACUUCUUGUGGCAAGACUUCGAAGACAAUCUCGUACCCAACUGACUGAGGCAGAUCAAGUGGCAGAAAUACGAAAUGGUGUGUGCUGAUGCAAUCCUCUUUUGUAGGGUGGCUCUACGUCUGCUUCGCCUCUUCCCUUCCGUAACCUCGGUAUUACAGAAAUUUUUUAUCAUGAACCACCUGAAGAUCGAAGCCCCAGCCGGUGAGAUGAAGACGACUAUUGCCCGGAUCAACCUCCUGCACUCUUCAUCUACAAGCCCAGAGAUGAAAAACAUUCCACCCCACAAAAGAGCCUCAGGUCUUCUUCAAAAUGGGAGAGACUAUGGCGGCAAAGACACAGCUGCUACACCUCGAAAAGACGCACCACCAUCAACCUCCGACCUGGCCGCGCCGCGAGACGAUGGGAUCCUCCGCACAUGGCACUACAGCCACCUGGAAUACGACCCCACGCCACCCCCGAAUCACUGGGGCACAAUACGCAAAGCCGACCAUACGCUGCACCUUGAUGGUAUCGUCGAUCUGGUGGUGGCUGCGACGCCGGAUAUCCCCGUCAUGACGUUCCGCAACCCCCAUGUCAACAAGACCCCCGCGCAUACCGCUGCCUACCGAGCCACUACUCGCAAGCGAUACCUGGUUGACCUCCUCCAGAGGUACGUCGAGUCCGGGCACGUGCUCGUUUUUGUGCUUCCCGGUGGCAACAAAGUCGUCGGCUUGGCCGUCUGGUCGUACCACAACGCUUCGGUCGAUGGUGAGCUGGGCAGCGGAGACGUUACGGUUGUCAAGGAGGAGCUGGUUGAGCUGAGGGCGAAGAUCGAGAGACGAAAGCGGAACGGCAGAGGGAUCGAGAAUGACGAAAAUGUUGCCGUGGAUGCGUUCCGAGACGCCGUGUUUAGUAUGUACAACGUGCGGUGCCAGGAGAACCUUGCCAAGGGUGGCAGGGAGUCCAUGAUGCUAUGGCUGCGGAUGCUGUGCGUGCACCCGGAGCACCGCGGCAAGGGCAUCGGAGCGGCGCUUGUGGAGGAAGGGAUCCGGCUGCAGCGGGGCGACGGGGUUGCAAGGUGGGCGGCACUCUACAGCAGUGGCGAAACGGCGGCGAGGUUGUACAGGCGGCUCGGGUUCCAGGACCACGGCGGGUUUCAGAUUAAUCUGGGCGAGCUCGAUGAUGUGAACGGGGAUGAGAAGCUCGAGGUGCGCGUCAUGGCCAAGAGAAUCCGGCAGGAGUCGGAGGUUGAGCUGCGGGAUGCUGAGUUGAUCAACCCGUGUCAGGUGCAUAUUCCCACAGCUUCACAGCUUGAGAAGUGGGGGAUUACAGACUGGAAUAACCUGGUCGUUGAAGGAUUGCCGUGGAAUGGUGUUGUCAGUCAAAUUACGUUGCGUCGUUGACAACAGAGGAUCUUUGGCUGCAGUGUCUGAAUUUGCCACCGAGUUGCGAGAAUAUUCAGUAGCUAAUUAGUACGCAGAUAAAGGGAUUCAAACUCGCUUAGGUACCGUUUCAAA